AUGGCAACCCUAGAUAUUUAUACCCUGGCCUGGGAGCAUUUUCGUCCUGGUAGUUCCCCAGUGGAUUGGUGCGAAGAAAAUUACUUAAUAUCAGGACACAUUGCUGAAUUUGUUAAUACGGUCAGCAAUUUUCUAUUUUUAUUAUUUCCGCCCGUACUUAUGUAUCUUUUCAAAGAAUAUGGACGUUUUGUAACGAAGGGUAUACAUUUACUCUGGGCCCUCUUAAUUAUUGUUGGCCUCAGUUCGAUGUACUUCCAUGCUACGCUAAGUUUAAUAGGUCAACUGCUCGAUGAAUUGGCCAUAUUGUGGGUAUUUAUGGCGGCGUACUCACUCUUCUGUCCUAAGCGGUAUUUUCCGAAAUUUUGCCGAAAUAAUAGACGAACAUUCGGUUUAUUGAUGUUUACAUGUGCCAUUAUUGCAACCGUUAUGUCGGUAUGGAAACCAAUUGUCAAUGCCUUCGUCCUAAUGGCAAUGGGUGUUCCCACCAUGCUGAUGUUAUAUCGGGAGCUGAAGAGAGUAAAAGAUGAACGUGUCUACCGUUUGGGCCUACGCUCCACCGCCGUCUGGGGCAUUGCCGUCUUGUGUUGGGUCAGUGAUCGUUUCUUUUGCUGUUUGAAAUUUCCAUAUCUGCAUGGUUUUUGGCAUGUCUUCAUUUUUAUUGCCGCCUAUACCCUCCUCGUGGUCUAUGCCUAUUUGUUUGUUGAAAGUGAGCUGCCGCAAAGGCAGCCACUUCUGCAAUAUUGGCCGGUAAAUGAAUUUGAAUUCGGUAUACCGUUUAUAUGUAUUCGCAAUCCAGGUAAAGAGUUCAAGAAUACGAUUUGA